AAUCCGCAGUGGCAUUAUAUAAUUGCAGUUUGAUAGAUAUGUAUCGGUGAAAGGGAUGUUCAGUUGUUGUUGCUUACAGAGCCACUAAUGCAGGGUUGGGAACUUCUUAGAAAUGUGUAGAUUAUGUGUAUAUAUUUAAAAUGAAUGGAAUCAUGCAGGAAUCUGGAGUUAAAGAAAGCACAUAGAUCAUAUCACCAUUACAAUGCAAUUGCACACAGUCUAAGAUAACAUUACAGCGUCCUGUGGUGGAGUCUUGAUUUGUGGACGACGUGCCCGUCAUAGCCCGACCCUCACUCAUUGUGGUCUGAUGAUUAAACAGAUGGAAUACUUUUGUGGAUAUGCCCACGUGUUUGUGGACAGACAGCCUCGUAUGACACAGGAGGGAGCCAGUUUGGGACUGACCGACAGCAUGAUUUGACCCAGCUGGCUUAUAAAUAUAUCUGCGUGUGCGCAUGAGGCCGUGCAAUACAUGACACAAUUCCACGUUUAGCUGAUGCUCAUAUUCAGAGCAGCUUUACAGCGUGGGGACUGUGGAUGCUUUACUUUGGGUCACGUGUGGUCAGAUGCCAUAUAUGGUCAUACAUGACGUACCUAAAGCACAAUAUAACUCACAGCUAUGCUGUAAACCAUUUUGGGAUAAUGGUUGACUUCAUUUACAGCCACGGAUUAUAAUUUCUCUCUUAUGUCGCUGUUUUUAAGAUCGUCAAGUGUCCUCAAAAAGGAAUGCGUUCCAUUUACCUGCGCCUAAUUAUACUGUCGUGCAUUAAUGUUUCUACCAGUUUCUAUCUUGGAUUUGUCAUGCAUGGUUUCAGUUUCUGAACAAGUGCAUUGUUGUGUGUGAAUUGGUCCUUGUCCUCCCACAGGAAUAUCUUCUCUCCAUCUCCAUCUGUCUCACUCUAACUUCCCAUUACAGCAUCAUAGCUCUGUUACUGUCAUCUCCCGUCUGUUUUUUAUUCUUUUCCAUGUAUUCUGCCCUUUUCUCCUGCUGCCCUUUCCAGCUUUCCCCUGUUCAUCAUUUAUUCCCAUCUGCCCUCUGGGCCCUCCCUUAUUUAAUAUGUCUUCAUUUUAUUCUUUUCUGUCUUCUUCUUCUUCUGCUUCUUUCUCCUUUAUUGCUCUGCAGUCCUUGCAUUCCCCAAGAUUAACAUGGGAUUAUUAUGCAUGGCUGGGUUUUAAUGGUUACGUAAAACCCAGCACUAAAUCCAGAAUGAUUUGCUGGGAUUAGAUCCAUUUGUGUGUUUUUGCAGGGAGAGGGAGGAGAUGGUAGUGGAGGUGGGUGGAGUGUUUGCAGCGAGCCAAUCCGAGCCAGAUAAUCUGACAGUGCUCCCUGCUGAGAUGGAAAGUCAAGGGAAUAGAAAAUGUUUGCAAAACUGCUCCAAAAUGUGCAGAGCUCAGACAGACGGAUAAAGCAGGGAAAGAGAAAUUUGGUGAAUAAUUUGCAUAGAAGAAAACUGUUGCCGUGAUGGAAGGAAUGUAAGAGGAAGAGUAAACUUUGGCUGGCUAAGUGUUGGCUGGCUCUUCUCCCUUCUGAUGGCAUCGCUGGAUGUCUGCCGUCACAGCUCAGUAUGCGUGUAAACUCCACCAGAUGUCUGAUGAGGAUAUUAAUUCAGCAAACUGUUGCACCAAGUCAGUCACAAGUUGGCUUAUUUUACUGCGCUGGUGUUUUGGUCGUGUUUUGGAAACCUUUGGGAUCAUCUUGGCUUUCAGGUUUCAGCAAAGAAGAAACCCUUUUCCCUGAGAAGACUGAAAUCAAUUCUGAAACGAGACAACAAGUGGAUUGUGCUUUUUACCUGCUUACAAAGUCCUAUUAAAGAGGAAGUUGACCUUUUUGGCAAAGCAGUCUGUCCCUGCAGGAUGACAGUAUUUCUUUCUUGACUGAGAAAGCCUUCUUCUCAGUCCGUUUCUGAACCACAAACCUACAUUCGAAUCGUUUGUUUGAACCAGGAUCUUCCUUGGUGUCUCCAUCUGAGCUUGUUCUUGCCGUAUUGCUCAUGCCCGGUCAGCUGCUACCAUGAUGUUCUGCACCACCUUCCUGUCUGCUCCCUCUGAUGAACUUAAUUAUGACAGCAAUGGAGGAGGAGGAGGAGGAGGAGGAGGAGCAGCAGCAGUAGGAGGUGGAGGUUUGAGCCCAGGGAGCUGCCUGUCCACUUUACACUGCCUGGUGCUCCCUCAGGACGAACUGUACCCAUCGCUCCCCGACCCGCCUGCUCAGCUCUCCAUAUCCCCGAAAGAGCCAGCUCACAACUUGGUCAACAAGAUGCUCCUUGGUGUCAGUAUGAGCACCUGUAGAGCAAGAGAUGGUGGGUGUAUUUGGGACAGGGUGAGAAGGCGACGUAGCCGGUCAGCCUCGCCCUCACCCAGCAAAACACCCCAGAGUCCCUGUAGUGAGAGUGUUAAAGGCCCGACGUUGCCCAUGGCUACCGUCGACAUCAAAAACCCAGAGAUCAGCAAUGUUCAGCGUUACCAUAACAACUCUCAGGUGAACAACAUUGUGCACUCGUCCUUCCAGAAGAGGGAGAAAAAGGGCAAGGCGAAGAAGAAGAGGUUGACCAAGGCAGACAUCGGCACACCGAGCAACUUCCAGCACAUCGGGCAUGUAGGAUGGGAUCCGAAUACAGGUUUUGAUCUAAAUAACUUGGACCCAGAGCUGAAGAAUCUGUUUGAUAUGUGCGGCAUCUCCGAGGCUCAGCUGAAGGACAAGGAGACCUCGAAGGUUAUCUACGACUUCAUUGAGAAGAAAGGAGGCGUAGAAGCUGUCAAAAAUGAGCUACGGAGACAAGCUCCCCCGCCCCCUCCAUCCAGAGGCGGCCCUCCUCCCCCACCCCCACACCACAGCUCAGCCCCUCCUCCUCCCCCUCCUCCUGCCAGGGGGCGAGGUGCCCCGCCACCACCUCCCCCCUCCAGAGCACCCAUCUCUGCGCCCCCUCCUCCCCCGCCAUCUCGACCGGGCAUGUCCGCUCCACCGCCUCCCCCGCCCAGCCGAGGCUCUCUCCCACCUCCCCCUCCACCAGCCCAUGCCUCAAUUCAUGCGGCGCCCCCCCCACCACCUCCUCCCUCAUCCUCAACUCCAUACAGUACCGGCGCACCGCCUCCUCCCCCUCCUCCUCCCCCGCCCCCUGGCCCUCCGCCCCCUGCCCCUCCGCUGCCCACCGAGGCUAACGGAGGGGACAGCGGUCUGCCCUCAACCGGCAAGCCGGCACUGCUGAGUCAGAUCAGAGAAGGCACCCAGCUGAAGAAGGUGGAACAGAAAGAGAGGCCGGUGUCCAACAACACCGGCAGAGACGCACUUCUGGACCAAAUCCGGCAAGGAAUCCAACUCAAAGCGAGGGAAGACAACACCGACUCGACCCCUUCCACCCCGGCUCCCUCGGCAGGCAUCGUCGGGGCCCUGAUGGAGGUGAUGCAGAAACGGAGCAAAGCUAUUCACUCUUCAGAUGAGGACGAUGACGAUGAAGAUGAGGAGGACUUUGAGGAUGAUGAUGAAUGGGAGGACUAGCGACAUUUUGUGUCUUUUCUUCUUCUUCUUCUUCUUUUCCUCUCCAACCCGCGGAUGAUUAUGACACUAAAAUAGUUUUUGUCUUUCUAAAAAAAUCUUUAAUUUCAAAAUUCUAAAUGUAAAUGUUCUAUCAAUUUGCUGUAUAUUUUUGUUGCCUUCAUGCUUUUUUUUUUUUUUAUUAAUCUGUGCAAUACCUCAUUUAAUCUGUAAAUGUUUGUCAUUCUCAUUAUCUUAGGUUGUUGUAUCUUCAUCUCUCAAUCAUGUCUGUCUCUAUUCCGUUGGCUCCAUCUCUGAUAUGUCACAUAUCUCAUUUGAACCGCGUUCUGCUCCUUCCAUCGUUCUGCAUCUCUUUCUCCUCCUCCUCCCACGUCAACAACUCUUUGAUGUUCAUCACCUCCAUCUGUCACUCGGCCAUCCUUCAUAUCUAGUGCCUCCCUUCACACGUGUUCCCUCCCUGUCACUCUCACGCUCCCAGUCCCGAGAUUAACGUGCAAUUUUACAUCAAGUUGUCUCUUAGAUUUGAAUGUUUUGUUUUCUUUUGGUCAUUGUUUGAACGGUGGGCUUAGUCGCCGCAAGUCCUCCAUCAGUUGUGUCUUCAUUGUUCGUCAGGAGGGGGGGAGGGGGAUUGAAAUAUUUUCAUACCCUAUUGCUCUCUAGUUUAUUUUUACUUAUUCAAAUGAUCCUAGUUUAGCACUCAUAUUUUCUUAAAACAAAGAAAGAAAACAAGGAAAAUGCUCUUUUUGGAAUAUUUAGCUUCAUUUGCUGUCGACUGUAAAUUUGCUCCAGAGUUUUGAGUCUUGUUAUAUUUUUGCACAUAUUGAAAGAGGAGACUCGCUGCAUGAAUACAGGACAUUUUCAGGUCUGUAUCAUUAUGGAACAUACAUAUGCUUUAAGUAAUGAGGCACUUGGACAUUAAGCAUUUUUUACCAUUUACCCAUGACACUACAUACAGUACACGCAUGGAGGUAGUAGCCCACAGUGUUAUGGCUGGCUAUCUGCUGUGAAUUCUUCUUUUUUGUCACUGUCACACUACAGAUUCAGUUGAAAUUUUUUUUUUUUUUUUUACAAUAGCAAGCAGAGUAUUAAUAAAUGCCUGUUUGUUUGAAUCAGGUUAUUCAUCAUGUAACGCUUGAGGAAUAAAGACAUUUUAGUUUUACACACCUGAUGCUUUUAAUGGGUCCAUAUGCUAAGUUACUGUACAGAAACAGUGGGGCUAAAGUAGUGUUUUUCCUGUUGUAGUCACCAAGUGCUGACACAAUUUUUAGGGAGAAAGUCUAGAUUCAUGGCAUUAUUCAAAUAAGUAUCAAUAUUUUCUUGAAUAACUAGGAAAUCAUGAGGUAAUAUAGGAAUCGCGUAUAAAAAAGAACUGACAGUGGUCAAUUAUUCCCAACAAAGACAAAAUAGUCAGAUGUUGCAAUGUAUUUCAUCCAAACUAAAUAAUAUGUACCAAUAAUUCUGGCUAUGUGUAGAUUUAAAGGACAAUACUUCCAAAUUGUUAAAACAAUUUUAAAAAAGGAUUUGAAAAUCUGCUUUUUGAUAAAAGACAACUGACUUGUCCCUAUGUGGUAAAACCAUCUAGUCUGGCUUAAAACUAAAAUACAAUUUGAAAACAUAACCGAUUUGUAGCUGUUAUUUCAGCAGCUAUGACUCUAACUUUGCUAACCAGCCAGAGUACAUAUGUGUCUCUCUUUAAAGCAAAGCUAGCUACUGCAGACACAAGUGACAGUUAUGGAAAAAUGCUGAAACCAUACUAUAACAUGGUAUGGGGGGGGGAAUUAAGCAAUAUCUAUCUAAAGUUAGCCAACAUUAGCAUAUCCUAACUGGUCAUCCCAGACCAAAAAAGGCUGUAGCAUCAAAACCUAUUGAGUGCAUUUUAUUGUGAAUGACCUUAACUUUUCAUUUGUAAGAGGAAAGUGUGUUAAUUCCUCUUUCAAAAGUUUUAGUCUCACUUUAAGUCUUCGUAUUGAAGGGCACUAGAGCUGCUAACUGCUAACCCCUUUUUCCUUUAAGAGUCAAACAUAAAGCUUGACCUUCCAAGAUUUCUCUAUGGCUGCCAUGUUAGCAUUUUGCACAUGCUAACAAGUAGCAUGCCAAUAUUGCUGUUAUGUUGUGGAGAGCAGAAAUACAGAAACGUCUUUACCACAGUGUAGCAAAUAUCCAGAAAAAAUGUCAAAAUGUUUCUUUUUUUCUUCACUCUUUGACAGCAAAAAAGAAAUGUUGGUGUCCUCUUUAAAUUCUGUCUUUGAGAGACAAAUUGUCACUUGUUGAUGUCAGAACUGACCUCUUGUUGAAUAUCAAGAUACUUUUGGGGGAAAACCUAGCCAUGUUUUCGCUGAUGUUAGCUUCUGUAGGUGACUCGGUUAAUAAGAUGUUAUGGACAUCAAGCCUUAUCGAUGAGGCUUGACAAAUAAUGAACCCUUAGAUUGUACACUCCAAUAAAAGGUUGAUAUUUACA